UUCAGCAACUUUUCCUCUGGACAGGUUUUGAUAAAUCUCCCCCAUAGCAUUUUGUGGAGCAGAAAAAGCAGUUUUUUAUGGACACUGUCCUUUUCCCACAUUGGACAACAACAUGUUCUAAAUGAAUCUGUGAUUGAGGCUCCUCUUGGAACCUGUCUCUGAUAAAAACACAAUUCAGGCUACUGAAGAAGACUGCUGGGGAUAACAGCGAGAUACAGGUUGUGGUUUUCUUGGUCUUUAUUGUGAAAAAACAGCAAGCAUGCUAUAGAACUUUCCAGCCGGGAGGCACAUAGCGGAUGUUAUUGGAACAGUACUACUGACUUUUGCUUACAACUCUGGGCACUGGCAGAUUCUGCUAUAACUCACAAUCCAUAACUGUGUGAAGAAAAUAGCUGACUGUCCCGAACAUGUCGUUGCAGGGUCCUCACCCAGAAUAUGGAGACUUAAUUGAAUUCUUCCGCCCUGUUUAUACACAUUGGGGUGUAUAUGUUGGAAAUGGAUAUGUUGUUCAUUUAUCAGAUCUUGAUGGGUUAUCCAGUUUAUACUCAGCAUUUGGAUGCGUCAUUGUCAAGAAAGAGCCUCUGUGGCUUGUUGCUAAUGGUGACAUCUACAGAGUUAAUAACAAAGACGGCAAGAACAGAAAACCCUAUCCACCUAAAAUAAUAGUAAAGAGAGCUCUGGAAGAAGUUGGGGAGCUAAAGGAAUACAGCCUGACAAGUUACAAUUGUGAACACUUUGCUACAAAACUAAGAUAUGGCACUGGCUUCUCUGAUCAGGUGAGGGAUGCAGCGAUCUGUACAGCUGGAGCCACUGCUGCUCUAGUUCUUGCAGGUGUUGUUGCUGGCGCAAUCUAUUGCAUCGAAAAGGAUAAAAGACAAAGAGAGUAAAAUGGAAAUGGAAAUAAACCAUAUACAGUACAUGAAGGAAACACCGACUGAUAACAUGCUCAUACCGUGAAUUUUGCAAAACUUCUACUGAAAUCCAAGAAGAAGAAAAUGUUGCUGUAGUAUUCAAGAUCACAACACCUUGGGGCUGCUUGAGGGAAGGUGUCACACUGCUUUUGUGGUAGAUUGCCAGUAUCUGAUGUAUCUGAUUAUUAAAACCAAUAUAAAUGUAUCUGGUAGAUAAUACCAAUACUGAUGUAUCUGAUUAAUAAAACCAAUACUGAUGUAUCUUCUUAAUAAAUCCAAUACAGAUGUAUCUUAUUAAUAAAACCAAUACUGAUGUAUCUUCUU